AUGCUCGGCAGCCACUCAAAGUUGAGUAUCGCACAGAUUGUGUUCUAUCUACCUGUGACGGUUCUUGCCCUUUACCUAGCGUGCUAUCGGCAUAAACGGCCUCGCAUGGCGUGGAUUGUUCUGACCUUUUUCUCUCUUGUUCGUAUUACCGCAGGAGUCCUAGUCAUUAUCGGGGGGAAGUCUAGUAGCACUGGUGUGAUGAUCGCGUCGGUCAUUUUUCUCAACGCCGGCAUGAUUCCCUUGAUAGCGGCAACUUUGGGUUGUCUCCGGAUUAUAAUGGCUCUUGAGCGGAAUAUGAACCGCCAUAUCCGGCAGUGUUUAGUCUUGUCUCGCAUCCUUUUCGUGGUGGGGAUCGGGCUGACUGUCGCGGGUGGAGCUCUGGAAGGAAGCGAUACCGUUAGUGAUGCACUCACAGGUCUUAAACUUGUCAAGACGGGGUAUAUCAUUGUGGUGGUUUUUGUGGGGUGUCUACUUGCUGUACAAGUUUAUUUCUGGACACAACGGUCUUACCUUUCAGCCACCAGCAAAACGGUUCAUAACGCCACAGCCUUGGCCACUCCAUUCAUCAUUGUCCGCAUCUCCUAUCUCUUUUUGUCGGUGUACCAGCCGUCCGACCUGAGGUGGAAUGAUUUCAGCGGUCCAAUUGCCCCUUUUAUCACUAUGGGGCUCCUCAUGGAGUACGCGGUCGUUUGCAUCUACCUGGUCACAGGCUUCAUUAUUCCCAAUUGGAGAGAGAUCCAAAAGCCAGACAUUCUCCUGGAUGGAGAAGCCAGUUGA